UGUCGACAUCGUGUAAACGUACAUACCUUAAGAGUAAGAUUCACUAAAUGAAUGAAAGAAGUUGAUCUUAUAUAUCAGGGAAAAUGAAGCUACUUGUGAUAUUAUUUUUGGCUUGCGCUUUACAUGGUAUAGUUCCAUCAGACAUCACUACAGACCCUGAUUCUACUACACCAGCAACAACUGUUUCUACUACACCAGCAACAACUGUUUCUACUACACCAGCAACAACUGUUUCUACUACACCAGCAACAACUGGUGUUUCUACUACACUAAAAACUACUGUUUCUACUACACCAGCAACAACUGUUUCUACUACACCAGCAACAACUGGUGUUUCUACUACACUAAAAACUACUGCUACUACUAAAGGCAGCAUUGUUACUAGCACAUCACAGAACCCUGCUACUACUAAAGAUGGCAAUGGUACUUAUACUUCAGUUACUAGCACAUCACAGGCCCCUGCUACUACUAAAGAUGGCGUUGGCAAAGAUGCUCGUCUGGAUCUUCUGACGAUUGCUGGCUUCCUUUUGUUAAGCUAUUUUCUUGUAUAAAAACAAUGAAAGUUCCCUUUGACAUUGACAUGUUUAUCAACAUGCUAAAAUGCAACCACUGAGCAACAGAAAUGAAUGAACAAAAAAUGAAUAAAGAAUAUAAAACACACAAACCAUAACAAAUAUGUGCAAUAUACAGACCCAUCAUAGAGAAUGAUAUACCUUGGUUACUAAAGCACAGAGUAUUUACCCAUUAUUAUUUAUAUUCUGAUCCACUGCGUCCAGAUUCCUUUCUAUAACAUUUCAUUUUGCUUUGAUGAGUGUGAUUAAUCUUGAAAAAAAAUUAUUGUAGGAUUUAUUUUACAACCAACUUUAAAGAAAUGUUAUCAACAAACGUAUGCAUUUUAUAAAAGCUAAAUUUCGUAUUGUUUAUUUUUGACAGAAAACACAUUUAUUUAAUUGAAAUAAUACAUAUAUUAUGGUAAAUAUUGUAUUAUAAGAUUGUAAAAUGCUAUACUAGGAUUGGUGGGUCAUGUUACCUACAUUGUUUCACAUUCUAUUUUUCUCAAAGGGACAGUCUACACCAGAAUUGUUAUUGUUUAAAAAGAUAGAUAAUCCCUUUAUUACCCAUUCCCCAGUUUUACAUAACCAACAGAGUUAUAUGAAUACACUUUUUACCUCUGUGAUUACCUUGUAUCUAAGCCUCUGCAAACUGCCCCCUAUUUCAUUUCUUUUGAAAGAUGUCCAUUUUAGCUAAAGCUGGCUCACUGGAUCUCCACGUGCGUGAGCACAGAGUUAUCUAUAUGUCACACAUGAACUAACACCCUAUAGUAGUGAAAAACUGUUAAAAUGCCCUGAGAGAAGAGGCGGCCUUCAAGGGCUUAGAAAUUUGCAUAUGAACCUCCUAGGUUUAGCUUUCAACUAAGAAUACCAAGAGAACAAAGCAAAAUUGGUGAUAAAAGUAAAUUGGAAAAUUGUUUAAAAUGAUAUUCUCUAUCUGAAUCAUGAAAGUUUAUUUUGGACUAGACUAUCCCUUAAAAGGGCCAUAUUAUAAAAAAAAAUAUAUUGUACUAGAACAUUAUUAUUGCACUAUUAUAUAAAGGGACAAAAAGGUCACCAUUUUUUUCUGAUUCAGUAAUUAUUCACUGCAUUGCAAAAGAUUUAGCUACAACAUUUUUUUUUUUCCAAUUGCUUAGAAAUUAAAAAAUUUUUUAAUGUUGUUUAUCUUGAUUAUUUGCUAUGGCCUCUUAGAGACAGACAUAAAUUACCUCAUGCACAGGUUAACCAAUCAUUUAUGUGUAAAAAUAGCAUUUGUUCCACAAUCCCUAGAAAGGCCAAGAAGUAAAAUCUGUAACCUAGGUUUUCAAAAUACUGCAAAUUGCCUAAAUCAGCUAUUUGAUUUGCAGCUUGUUUGGGAUACAUUUUCUUUUAGGCCUUUUUAGGGGGAAUGAGACAAGCAAUUAUUUUUUUUUGCAAGAUGUGUUAAAGGGACUUUCCAGCCAAAAAUGGACUCCACAUGGAUGCAUUUCACUUUUAAAUAGAAUCAUUUUUGUAAUAUAAAUGUAUUAGCAAAAAUGUUUCUAAUAAAAGCUAUAGCUGUUUCAAAAGUGUAUUUGAGUAUACACCGUGCAACAGCAUUUUAAACACAGAACUUGUUCAGAGAGCCUAAGGUGUUUAUACCAUCUGGUAAUGACUCAAUGUGUUAAUUGCUGACUAGAUAUAAGCCCCACUGGCACUCUGUGCAGCUGCAGUAUUUAUAUUGCUGCUGCACUGAAAAUAUCUAGCUAUGUGUCACAUGCACGUGCAGAGAAAAAUGACUUUUAGUAGAAGCAUUUUUGCCAAUAUAUGUAUAUUUUAAAUAUGUUUCUAUUCUAAGAUGUAAUUCAUCUAUGUGCAUUUAAAUUUUGACCAUAAUGUUCCUUUAAAUCUUAUUUUUAUAUGGCUGCUGAUUGGUUGGUGGUUAUAAACCCUGAUUGGCUCAAAAGUUGCACUGGAAUGCAUUGCUGGUCUGCUGCUGAUUUUAACAAUGUGUUUAAACCCUUAGUGGAAAUAGUUCUGUACAUGAAAUGUAAUAAUAUAAUACUCUAGCACAUUAGACUGUUUUAUUAUUGCUCCACUAUGUCCUUAUCAGAAAUCACACAAUUUUGAGAGUCUGUCUUUGUCUAUGUGUGUGCUGUUACCUUUAGAUAAGCAUUUAUUAUCAGAAUAAAUAAAAUAUACACAAAGAAUCUAUAUGCAGACAAAAUAAAAUUAUUUAGAUUACAGAAAUUAGGUAACAGAAAGGAUCAUGAAUCUUUCCAAUCAAGUAAAACAUAUUACCAUAUGGUAGAUGGGAAGUACAGAAUAGUUUUAGUUCACUAUAAAACUCUACCAAAUAUAUCUCAUAGUAUUUUAUUUCAAACAACUUAAAAAUAUAUAACAAUGAUUUUGAAAAGUGCACUAUUAUGAGCUAUUACAAUGCUCUUAUGGAGUUAUACAUUUUAAAAAAGUUAUGAUUAAUAUGAUACAUUUUAAAUUGUAAGUUCCCACCGGAACAGGGCUCCCAAUUCCUCCUGUAUUUGUUUGUUAAAUUUUGUCUGGUGUCUCAUAUUGUACUGUGCUUUUAUCUUUGUUACCCAUGGACAGCGCUGCGGAAUCGGUUGGCGCUUUAUAAAUAAAGAAUAAUAAUAAUAAAAUUUUAAAUAAAAAUAAAUAUACAGAUA